UAAAUGGGAAAGCAAUCUAAAGGUACUUAUCAAUUAUUAUAAUGAAGUCUAACAAAUGCAGAGAUAAAUUGCAGAUACAUCCUCUUUUAUAGACGAUCAAAAGGAACUUCCAGAUCAGUUGCUGUCAUUAAAAAGAACAAUAUAGAGCAAACUUUAAAGCUAUCAACAGGCAUAAAUAACCUUAGAGUAGAAGGUUUUACAAUUGUAAUAAGAGUUAGAAAUUUGUUAAUAAAAAUUGAAAUAGGAAUAAAGUUAAUAAGUAAUAUAAUAAUAAAUAUGGAGUGUUCUGAAUCCUAAUUCCAAGAGUAGAAGUACACCCCUAGUGAGGAAAUCUAAAAAUUAACAUCUGUACUUGAAAAGUAUAAAAAUAUAUUACUUUCUUAGAAAGACCUAGGAAUUGUUGUUUUUCUAGCAAUAAUUCGAACAGCAAAAGUAGUCUGAUUCGGAUCAUUCAAAAUAACUUGAGGAAACAAAAUCCUAGCUAAAUGCCGUUAAGCAAAAUUUAAUGAAAUACAAAUAAUAAUUGGCUGAAACCUAAUAAGAGAAAGUCUUGCUUCAGGCUAAAAUGGCUGAAUAACAAAAAUCAAUUAAAGAAAAAAACUCUGAAAUUCAGAAGGGAUAAGAAUUAAUUGCAGAGCUUGAAUAAUAUAAUCUUCAAAUGGAAGAAACCAUUUCUUAAACACUAGAAUAAUACAAACUAUAACACUAGCAAACCAAGCAAAGCUAUGAGAAAGAGAAAAAAUUGAGAUUAGAACUUUAAGAAUAGAUAAAGGAACUAAAAUAGGAAUUAUAUAAAUUUCAAUAAGGAAUAGGCAAUCUUUAAUCAAAUGUAUCAGAUAAAUAGCAAUAAUGCUAAUGCAAAGAAUAACUAUUAAAAAAUUAAUGUUAUAUCGAGGAAUUAUAAUAAUAGAUAGCAGAAUUAUAGUUAUUAAAAUUGGAACAAGGAAUACAAAAAAAUCAAGAAUCAUUAACCAAUAUUUAAGCAAGUAGAAGAGAAACCUUGACUGACUUAUAUAAAAAGGAUGAGACUAGUGCUAAUUAAAAAAAUAUUAAUUAAAAUGAAUUGGAGGAAUAAAUUCUUCGAUUAACUUCUGAGAAAAUUAAAAUAUCUAGAGAUUAUCAAAAUGAAUUAGAAAGAGUUCUUAUGGCUAAUGAAGAAUUGGAGAAAAAAUGCACAGUGUUGCUAUAUCAAUUGGAAUAAAGUAAAAUAACAAUAGGGGAAAUAUUCAAUGCUGCUAUUGAAAUUGGAGGAACUACCUUAGUUGACAAACUUUAAAUAGCAUUCGGCAUAAUAGAAUGA